GGGGCUAAAGGAGGGGGCGUGUCCUGCGCAGUGGCGCAUGCGUAGCGGCCACCGGUAUCGGCGAGCCGGGUGCUGGUGCCGCCAUGUCGGGCCGCGGGAAGCUGAUCGCGGUGCUGGGGGAUGAGGACACGGUGACCGGGUUCCUGCUGGGCGGCGUGGGCGAGCUGGACAAGCACCGGAAGCCCAACUUCCUGGUGGUGGAAAAGGAGACCAGCCUGGCCGAGAUCGAGGAGACUUUCCGGAGCUUCCUGAACCGGGAGGACAUCGGGAUCAUCCUGAUCAGCCAGUGCCUGGCAGAGCUGAUCCGGCAUGCAGUGGAGGCGCACGCCCGGCCCCUGCCCGCCAUCCUGGAGAUCCCCUCCAAGGAGCACCCCUACGACCCUGCCAAGGACUCUGUCCUGCGCCGUGCCCGCGGUGUCUUCAGCCCCGAAGACCUGCGCUAGGGACCCCUAUGACACCACCCACCCACUCCGGGGUGCUGCUUAGGGGGGGGUCUGCGGGUGCUGGCACCCCAGCCUGGGGUCCUCAACCCACCCCAGGGUCCCCACACCACCCCAGCGUGCUGCUGAGGGGGUCUGUGGGUGAUGGGGGCGUCCCAGCAGUGCCUGGUGACACUUGCUCAGCUGUCCCGUGACAAGCGCUGGAAGAGGAAGUGGCACUGCAGCCUUGCCUAUCGCUGCCGGAUCCUGCCGGAUCCUUGCCCGCUGUGGCCGGUGAGGGCAAGGAGGACAACCUUGGAGGGAUGUUGAUGGUGGGGGACACCCCAAGGGCACCAGGCACUUGUGCUGUCACCGUGACCAUGACCCGCCCCAUUGGCAGCACCCUGGGAAGUGGGGCUGGUAUUUAUUGAACUCCCCGGUGUGCCCAAAUGUCUUUUGUGUCUCCCCCUUCAGUGUCCCCAAGACAUGCUGUCACUGUUCA